UGCUCAAAGCAUUUCCUGCCUGCUGAUGCCACAGCGGAUGCAGGAGUUGUUCAGGUUGGGGGGAGCCUCCCUGAAGGCCCAAGAGCCUCGUUGGUUACUCUGACAGUCCCCAGGCAGCAGCCCCCUCCAGCCUGGUGGCUGAGGCAGGUGCACAGACGAGAUAAAAUGGCAGGACUUUGUGCUGCUGUGUGAUAAAUAAAUACCCACAAAUAAAUGGUUUUGGUGAAACUGAGCUGGUGACUGAUCACGUGCUUUACAGGAAACAGAAAGCCACUAGACAGUUCUGCUGCAGCCCAGCCUUCCUGGGACCCAGCGGCACGGAGGGCUGGGCUGGGGAGCCUCUCGCCAACCUUUCCACUACUUGGUGAGGGAGCCUGGAGUGAGCAGGUAGCUCAUAUAGAGGGCAGUUAGUGAGAUGGAUCUGAAAGUUUAAAAUACAAAACAAAGAAUAAAUAUAUCCCACACCCAUCCUGACACCUGUUUUUGGUGGGGCUAAGGCUAUUGGAUUUGUAUCAGCAGCACCAACCAGCAGCAGCACUGCUGUGAAGGGGGUGGAGACUUGACAGCUCAUCAGGAAUGUUUGUCUGAAGCAGUUUCCCCUUUUUAUUUCCGUAAUAAUUUUCAAGACACCCGGAGGAGCUGCAGAACACCCACAGUGCUCAGACUGCUGCCCGUGCAGAGCCUGGCACCACAGGUGUUGGAGCACCUUCCCUCCUUUCCUGCUACGGAAACCUUUCCCUGCGGGCAGACAGCACUGGGGACACUCGGCCACCCGCGGGCUCUGCAAGCCGGGCGGGUCACUUUACUGGGACCGGGUUAAACGAAAAGUGACGCUGUCCCUCCGCUGCCGCCCAGCUCUGUGCCCCCCGCCACCCCACUGUGCUCGGAGCUGCUCGGCAGCACCCCGCGGCACCGAGCGAGCAGCUCGGAGAGGUGGGAGCGGGGCGCAGACAGCGCUGCCCGCAGCCCCGCAGCUGCACCCGCCCUGCCCACGCCUGCAGCCCGGGGCACCCAGAGCCCACUGGAGCGCAAAUCCCGACUGCUCCUAGAACCAGGAGGGAUCAGGGACCCGCGGGCCCCCUCCAGCCGUGCUGCCCGGGCCUUGCCCCCGCCCUGCUCAGCUCCGUUCCAGUUUCGAUUCCCCGGCAAGGCUCUUCGUUCUGAAGCGCUUUCCUGACGUCAGCUGUCCCUCCGGGCUGGGGCAGGGAGACAAGGGCGGGAAGGGAUUCCACAGUACAAGCCCAGCCCUGGGACGUGGCCAAAGGCACUGAAAGAUCAGUAUUUCAGGGACAGUUUUAUCCACCUUUCUCGGAGAAGGCUGCACCAAGUGUCAGUGGAAAUCCGUCUCCCACCAUUUUCAAAAUCAGCCCGUUUACACUUACUCUGAGGGAUGCCUUACACCUACAGCACAUCAGGGCAGUACCGUAACAGGCUCCCCUCUCAGAGCCUCCUGCUCACUCCAAAGCUCCAGCCAUGUUCGUGCCUCAGCCAGCCAAGGCGUCCACAGGGCUGACCGGAUGCAGAAAGGGUUAAUGUGCACUUGCUGGCUUUCUCCAGUGUGAUAAUACAGAACAGGCUGUCCGUGCUGCCACCCAUCUCUGAACCCCUGGAAUGGAGGCUGGGCACAAGAAGGAUGUCAUGACUCAGGGGAGGACACCCCAAUAAACAGAAAACCUUCUGCUGGGUUGGGCCGUGAGUCAAACUACUUCUUGGAAAUUUUGGGUUUUGUUCAUUAACAGCAGGAUUUCCUUCACGAAAGACAAUGGAUUACAAAAUGCUACCUGUGAGUGAAUGGGUUGAGAACCACGUCAAAUGCUGGCUGGAAUCUACUGGAAUCAAGAAGGAGUAUGUAGAUAAACUAUAUGCAGAAGAAGUGACAGGUCCAGCAUUAAUAGAACUGGAUGAGUCUUUCCUCAAAGACAUAGGAAUGAAGAAAGGCCAAAUCCAGAUCUUAAUCCACAAGAGAAAUGAACUUCUGCGGCUCCAGGACAAUGCACAGCAAGCUGAGGACUCCAGCAGCAAAACACCCAACAGAGGAGAUGCACAAACAGGCCCAGCCAGAGCCAGCAAUGCCCCUGCUCAGGGCAAGGACAGUGGAGGCAGCUCUGGCGCUGUGGGUACCACCAGCAGUGAGAGCACAGCUCCUACUUCUGGCAAGAAGCAAAAAAGAAGCAAGAAAUCCCAGCUUCAAAGUGCUGAUGAAGUUUUAGAGGUCAGAAACUGUCGGCCAUUUAGAAGUCAGGAUACUGAUUUCAAAUAUGUGAAAGACACAGUUCUUGCUCCAGAAUCAGGAGUCAGUGAUUUAAUCAUUCCUUGCCACGAAUACAAAUCGUGUGACACUGCUGCAGAACUGAACAAACAUCAACUGCAAUCAAAAUUUGCCUCUGAAGUGAUCCGAUUUGCUUCGGCCUGCAUGAACAUUCGAACAAAUGGCACCAUCCAUUUUGGUGUCAUGGACAGUGUUGAGGACAAGGGCUGGAAACACGGACAGAUCGUUGGCAUAAAGGUCAAAAACCGAGAAGACUUUGUUGACGCACUGGAUUAUAUAGAAAAGUGCUUUUGCAAUAAUUUACAAGAAAUUGCAAGGAAAUGUAUUCACCCACCUGUGUUUGUUGAAGUGAUUUCAAAAGACUCUAAGGAACAAAGAUUUGUAGUGGAGGUUGACAUUGAACCAACAUUCAGCUUGGUAAAGAACAACUGUUUUGAAGUUUAUUUGCCAAAAUACAAUGAAAACAGUCAGAAGGUGAUCCUGACCAAAGAACCAGCUCUCUACCAGAGACUGGGAGCAAAGUCUGAACCUGUGCAGCGUAACAAACUCACUGCUUUCAUUCAAGCCAUGCCAGACAGAGAUGCUCAAAGAGAAAGAGCUGAGCUCUCCAGCACACAAGUACCUACAGAAAUACCUCAAGAUUUAGGAAGAAAGUUAUCGAUUCUAUUAAAUGAUGGCAAAAGCUACAUGGAUGAUUCCCUGCGGUACAUCCUUGUCACAAACAGAUGUGAACAGGAGAAUCUGAACCACAUCAACUUUUUAAUGCAUUUGAACAUUUUCUGUGUCUUUGACUUUGAUGAACAUUCUAAUGUGUCAGGACUGUACAGCAAAUACAAAGAGCACCAUGAAACAACUUCUUAUUUUUUACAGGAUUUUUUCAAAGAAAUUAAGACUGAUAAUUCUCCCUCUCAGAAACUAUUUGAUCAGACCAGCUGGAUAUUCUGCAAUGGGCGUAGUGACUUCCUUGGGGAUGAAAAACCUUGUGAUGAAAAUACAUGGAUUAGAACAAAAAAAAAAUACCUGAAGAAAGUAAUUACUUGUAUCUGUGAGGAAAUUCUGCCGGAGCGCUCUUUCAUUGUGCUUUUUCUAUUGCUGUCACCAGUGCAGAAACCACUUGUGGACACUUUUCAAGAAUUUUAUACAGAAAUGAAUGGCAUGGAGUACAUCAUGUGCAUUGCAGAGUCCAGAGAAAAUUACAGAAAGUGGGCUAGUCUAGCUCAGGAAUCAUGCAGCAUUGAGACCCUAGAACAAUGCAGUAUUGUGGGUAUGAAGCUCAGUCACGUAGAUGCCACCAUCCAAUCAAAGCUGCCUUCUAGAGCCCAACCCAGACACCUGCCAGCUUCCACUGGAGGCAUGUGUACACUUCCCUUGCGGGAAGAAGAGAAACUGUAUUCCCUAGAAAUCCUUUGUGCUGACCAAUGUAAUGAUAUCAAAUUAAAUCUUUGGACUGAAAAACAAAAACAAGAAAUAGAACAAAAUUUUUACCGUGGGAGAAAAAUCAUGUGGGAAAACUUGUGGCUUGCUGAUAAUAAACUCUGUGGGGACAUCAUUGAACGUGAAGCAUGCGCAGAGGCAAGCAAACUGCUGGAUGGCAUUUUACGAGGAGGUGGACACAAUUAUUCUGUGGCUAAACUGAAGAUAUUUCACCAUCCUGGGAGUGGUGGAAGCACAAUAGCACGGCAAGUUCUAUGGAAAAGCAGAAAGCGUUUUAGAUGUGCUGUUAUCAAGACCUCAUAUUCACCCUCAACUGUUUGUAAUCAUGUGCUCGCCCUUAGAGAUUAUGAAGAAAAGGAAAUCACUCACUGUUUUCCUGUACUGCUCCUGAUUGAAGAUUAUGAUGAAGAGUACUUCGAUGAACUACAGAGUGAGUUAAUAGAGGCUGUAGCAACUAGGAAAAUGAAUACCUCCAGGCCGUACUUCAUCCUCAUAUGCUGUAGACGAUACAAUGACCCUGAAAGGCUCUGCAAGGCUUCGCCACUGGACACAGUUGCUGUCACUCACAAACUGACAGACUCAGAGAAAAAUCUGUUUAACACCAAACUUGUAAAACUACAGCAGAAAUAUGCUGAACCAGAAUUCAUACUUACAUUUGUGCUGAUGUGUGAAGAGUUCAAUAAAACAUACGUGUCAGACAUGGUAGAGCACAUCCUGCAAGGCAUCGACCCUUCCUCUCGUGACACCUGCUUGAUGCGUUACAUUGCUCUGCUCAACUGCUAUGUACCAAAUUCAUACCUUUCACUGUCACACUGUGAGGCUUUUCUGGGGCUGGGGGCAUAUACAGAGAGUAAAGCAAGAGCAUACGAUUUCAAACAUCACUUGAGUGAACAAGUAAGAAUGAUUUUUAUUGAGCUAAGGGAAAGCACCACUUACAUUUCAUCUAUUCGGAUAAUACACUGCCUGGUUGCAAAAGAAAUUCUGCAUCAACUUUCAGGGAAUCAAUCACUAAGUCAACUUGCAACAACUCUUCUUCAGGAAAAGAUACUCUUUGAACACAGAUUUGGACGAGAAGAAUUCAUAAAGUUUAUCAGACAUUUGUUUAUUCGACGUGAUAAAAGAAGCAGGGGUGACAAUACUGAUACUCUCUUCUCCCCAUUCAUUGAACAUGUCUGUGAAGCUGAAGACUGUGAAAAAGCCAUUGACGUUUUAAAAGCUGCAUAUGAACUCCUUGGAAAAGAUCCUUUUUUUGCCCAGCAGCUUGCCAGACUAAAUUACAGCAAUGAAAAAUUUGAAGAUGCUGAAUACUGGGCAAAUGUUGCAAAAUCACAUUUGCCAACGGAUUCUUUUAUUUUGGAUACAGAAGGUCAAGUCUACAAGAGAUGGUUUAGUUUCACUGUGGAUAAAAUGACAGAGGAGGACACCCCUGAAAGGACCACUGAGAAGAUAUUGCUUGCUCUUAAAGCUAUGACAUGCUUCAGGGCUGCACAACAGGCAGCAAAGGAAGAACGUGAAAGUAUGAACAACGCUGGCUAUUUUGGAGAAGUAGAAGUAGGUUGUCGCCUUCUUCGAUUUUUGUCCACACUGCCUGUAUUCCACAGAAGUCCAGAGGGAGAACAUACUGAGCUUGUGAAAUAUCUCACCACAGAUUACAUUCCUGAAGACAUAAAAAGAACAUGGGGAAGGCUUCAUUCCCGCUUAAAAGGCUUGCACCAGAACCUGUACAAUGCUCUGGAAUGGAUUUCAGAAGAACUAAGUUAUUUCCAAACAGAUAAAAACCAAGAAAAGGAUGAUGAAAAUGAUGAUAAGGAAGAACAAAUUCAUAAUCCCAGAAAAUGGCUGAGAAAGCAGUCAGCGGUAUACGCUAAAUUCUUCAUCUCGGCAUCACUUAUAGAGGACAGCAACAAUGGUCCUGACACUCAGCUCAUGAGACGCAUGAGUAUUUAUGGGAGUGGUGGAGGAAAUGUCACUAAUAUCCUGUCAUUCUUAACAGAUAAGAAAGAGAACAGGUCAGCUGAAAAGGUAGAAAGGAUCCUUAGUUUCUAUCCAGAAAACCCGCCAAGGAACAGGUUGGAGGACAAUGACUUGAUCAAUUUUAUUUUGUGCCACAUCACAUUAGCCUGCUUAGCACCAGGAUCAGCCAAACUCCUUCCACUGCCAACUCUUCGUGAGCUCAGUCUAAGAUUUGUUAAAGGAAAAAGACAAUUUCCAGCAAGUGCUUAUUUUUUACUCACCUUGCUGUACUGGCCUGAUGAGGCAUUAGACAAAGAGCCUAAUCCCAUUAAUGAUGAAAUUUUAACUUCAGCCCUUCAAACCCUGAAACGCUUAUAUGACAUCAAAAUGAAAGAUGUUCCUACCAGAAAGAAAAGAAUCUACACCCCUUUUUUUCUGGGAAAGGGUUAUGGCUUAGGUAAGAUAGUACACAAAACUAAAAUUGACAAAUUGAUGGUGGGAUCCUUAGAUGAGAGGAGAAUGAAGUGGCUGCACGGAACUGUAUGGAAUAUUUCCAUAAUUCGUGACAAUCUCAAAAGAGUUUCUGGCUGGACCAAGGACAGAAAUUUAUUUAUACGUGGUCACGUGAAGGAACUCCAUAUCUUGCCACUCCAUCGCGAGUCAGUGCCUGCUGGAAAUGAAAAUGUGACCUUUUAUUUAGGCUUUUCAUUUAAUGGUCUUGUUGCUUUCAAUAUUGAGGUUGAAAAUGAUCCAGCCAUCAAAAGAACCUAAGGUAUAAAGUACAGUACUGUAUGCACUGUGCUCUUAGAGGGUACAGCACUGGAAGGGUCCAGUCUCACAUUUAAAACUAAAAGUGGACUGUUCCUGGGUAACUACCAGGCAACAAGAGAAUUAACAACUAUAAUAGUGACCAAAUAACUAAAAAAAAAUUGAAACCAUGAGUGAGUGAACGUUGAGCCAAGCCUUUGAUAGUUUUGCAGUUAUGGCAAGCAAUAUUUCAAACCAAAGACAGCAAUUGAUCCCUUUCUUCUUACCCCUCAGAUUAGGAUUUUAAAUAAAUUUCUGCAUAGUCUCGAUCGGUAAAAGAAUUUGUCCAGAGUAACUAGAUUUUUCUUUCUGAAUGAGCAACAGAAAAAUGAACUCAGACCACAUACACUGCUGACAUGUACCAGGUAUGAAAUAACUACUGACUGGAAAGCCAGUGUCAGUAUGGAAGCAAUUCUAAAGCUGACUUCAGAAUCUGACUGAUAAAAACCAGGUCUCAAAUUCUGCAUAAUCCUACAUUGCUUCUCUGUGUAAAUAUUACCUUACUAGACAUAUCUAUAUCUGGGGUGGGGUGGAGAGGUAUGUGAGCAGAGUCAUGGGUGACAUAAAAGAUUAUUUGUAAGCACUGUUAUGUGUUCACAGUCCAAACAAUUCCUGCACUUGGUGAAAUUAUUUUGCAUUAUCAUCCAAGGAAUGCUACAGAAUACAGAACUGAAAUUUGUCUAGAGCACACAUCUGUGAUUUAAAAAAUGCAGAGGUGGUUUUCAGUGCUGUGUUUGCAACCAUGAUGUCACAUUCAACUUCUAUUAACAAAAAUGUGAGUUGUUGGAGUUUCACAUUGUUUGAUAUAAGAUAUUGUGACUAAAAUUGCCAAAACCACCUGUCAUAUACCUUGUUUUAAUCAAAUAAAUAUCUUUUAUGAAGGACUACCAUUUCUCUGUGAGCUUUAUUUCCCUAACUGAGGAUGUAUUUCCAACAGUAGCUAGGUAUGAUUUGCUUUUCCAACUGCAGCAAAGAUCUGGGCACAGCCAAAAACUGUACAAUGAACUGCAGGCCAUGGUGAAUUCAGAAGGAAGAAGAUGGAAGAUUAUUGUCUAAUCCAAGCCUUCACAUUCUGGCCUCAGGCAGGAGAAACAAGUGCCAAAAGGAAGAGCUGGAGGGCCAGAGAAAUCCCCCUCUGCUCCCCAGCCCUGAUGCAGGGGACAGGAUUACAUUUGAGGUUAGGCAGCUUCCCCAAGUCUAGCCUGGGGCAUUAGGAUGACCCAGAGCAGAAACAGGAUAUGUAAACUUACUGAAAAGCAAAGCAUUGACUGCUCACCACAUACACAACCUGCUCAAACACUGUCGUAGAAACAAGACUUUGUUUUUGUAAAGGAACUGUUACCAUGAUGAAAAAUUACAGCCAGCUUGGCCAGGAGGGUCUGUCUUGUAAUUUGUUUACUGCCUGCCUACACCCAACUUGAUUCUGCAGACAGCAGUGCUUUGCCCUAUAGCUUACACAACUGCUCAAGCUUGAGUCUUUGAGGUAUAAACAGCGGUCUUGCUCUUCAUAUAUGCCCACUUUUACCUUUUAAGAAAUUAAAAGUUUAGAUUUAAACUCUUCACACCCCCCCCCCCCCCCCCCGAUAACAAAAACCCCAAACAAACAAACACCAAAUCAAGUUUUAAGGUGUAAACUUACAGGUUAACUCUUGGGGUCCCACACUGCAAGAACAACCAGCUGAGGCUCACAGUGCAACAAGUACAACCCACCCUUCCUACUUCCUACCAGUCAUGUUCACACUGGGAGGGCUUUAGCCUGCCAGGCAACACACAGCUGCCCUUGCUCUAACUGGCUCCUAGUACAAAGCAGUUCCCAAAUCCUUUCAGAUUUCCUGGAGCUGAAAGGGCCAGAGGACAAAUGCCCAUUAAGAACUUCUGCACAGCAGUGUUUCCUUGAAAGGUCCUCUACUGCACCUCCUCCUUGUCACACAUACCCAAUUCAAAAUGCCUUCAACUGGUCCAUGUCACGGCACUAAAGUAUCUGUUCAUCUUCCCUUUACCACCUCUCAGAAAUAAACCUAUGAGUGAACAGUGGUAGUUAAAUAAACCCAACCAGCCUAGCACAGUAACCCAUUCUCAUCCCAUACACAGGAGGUGCCAUUUCCCAAGCUACCUCCUCUCUCUGCUCAAAAACGGUUUAGAACAGAGCACCUCCCAGCAUGCCCAUGCCACCAACUUUUAUGAAAACACUGUUAGAAACUUUUCCUCCAUAUUCUGACUCUUCUAACUUCAACAGCUUUUUAUAGCCUGCUCAGCAGCAGGACGGUGGAUCAACAGCAAAAGGAAGUUACAGGUUUAGAAGUCAGGAUUCACUUGUUUGUCUCCACUUGAAG